GGGACUAGUUCGGAAGGGGCUACCGGGAAAGGACGGAGUAGUGGGGCGGAGCGGUGAGUUGUGACGAGCGACCCCCCUCCCUGCCGCCGCUGGGAGGCUCGAGACCUCCGCGAGGGAUGAGGUGUUUAUAAUGGCUGCUGCUGUGAACUUGGAACUUGAUCCCAUUUUUUUGAAAGCAUUAGGCUUCUUACAUUCAAAGAGUAAGGAUUCUGCUGAAAAGCUAAAAGCAUUACUUGAUGAAUCUUUGGCUCGGGGCAUUGAUUCAAAUUACCGUCCAUCUCAAAAGGAUGUGGAGCCACCCAAAAUUGCAAGCACAAAAACUAUUUCCAUUAAGCAAGAGCCCAAAACAUCAUCCAGUCUCCCUUCUGGCAAUAAUAAUGGCAAGGCUCUCACAGCUGAAAAGGUAAAGAAGGAAGCUGAAAAGAGACCUGCUGAUAAGAUGAAGUCAGAUACCACUGAAGGAGUUGAUAUUCCAAAGAAACCUAGAUUGGAGAAAACAGAAACACGGUCCUCUCCCAUUACUGUGCAGACCAGCAAGGAUUUAGCUAUGGCUGACCUUUCCAGUUUUGAGGAGACCAGUGCUGAUGAUUUCGCCAUGGAGAUGGGAUUAGCCUGUGUUGUUUGUAGGCAAAUGACAGUGGCAUCUGGUAAUCAAUUAGUAGAAUGUCAAGAGUGCCAUAAUCUCUACCACCAAGAUUGCCAUAAGCCCCAAGUGACAGACAAGGAAGUGAAUGACCCUCGCCUUGUGUGGUAUUGUGCCCGAUGUACCAGACAAAUGAAAAGAAUGGCUCAAAAAACUCAGAAGCCACCACAGAAACCAGCCCCCACAGUUGUUUCUGUAGCUCCUGCCGUCAAAGACCCAUUGGUUAAGAAACCAGAAACUAAACUCAAACAAGAGACAACUUUUCUAGCAUUUAAGAGAACAGAAGUCAAGACAUCCCCGGUUAUUUCAGGAAAUUCUUCUAGUACCAGUGUUUCCUCUUCAGCAACUAGUGGACUGACUGCAUGGGCAGCUUUUGCUGCCAAAACUACUUCUGCUGGUCCAUCCACAGCAAAAUUGAGUUCAACAACCCAAAACAAUAGUGGGAAACCUGCUACCUCAUCAGCGAACCAGAAGCCUGUGGGUUUGACUGGUCUGGCAACAUCAUCCAAAAGUGGAAUAGGUUCCAAAUUAGGUGCCAGUAACAACACCUCACCCACUGUACCGUUGAAACCACCUCCACCUCUAACUUUGGGCAAAACUGGCCUUAGUCGCUCAGUCAGUUGUGACAAUGUUAGCAAGGUAGGUCUCCCUAGUCCAAGUAGUUUAGUCCCAGGAAGCAGCAGCCAACUGAGUGGAAAUGGGAACAGUGGGGCGUCUGGGCCUAGUGGAAGCACCACGGGCAAAACCGCCUCAGAAUCAAGCAGCUCUUCCUCAGCAUCCCUUAAAGGUCCAACUUCACAAGAAUCACAGCUCAAUGCCAUGAAGCGAUUACAGAUGGUCAAGAAGAAAGCUGCCCAAAAGAAACUCAAGAAGUAAUGUGGUUGAGUAGGUUUUAAUGUCACAUUACCUUAAAGAUUAAAAUCUUAUUAUAGGACAUAAAUUGUAAUAUACUAUAAUUUAAUAAAAAUCUUCAUAAUGAAA